CAAUUAUUCCCAUUGUACCCAAUAAGUUUUCUCUAAUUUAUACCCAUCUUCCUAAGCACAUUCCGGUUCAUACCUUCUUUCAAUCUGUUCUGAUAAGGGCUUGAUCAAACGGGGAACUGUUGAACUCCAGAGAUGUUAGGGAAAACACCAGAAACGAUUUGUGGAAAGGCUCGAGAUGAGCCCAAAGAAAAUAAAAAGAGUGAGGUUGUGAAAAUCAAAGGGACAAUAAAGUUGAUGAAGAAGAAUGUUUUGGACUUCAAUGAUGCGGGUGCCUCGUUUCUUGAUCGGGUGUACGAGAUCUUUUGCAGAGGUGUCUCACUUCAGCUCAUCAGCGCCGUUAAUGGCGACCCAGCAAAAGGAUUAAAAGCGAAGCUUGGUAAAGCAGCAUUCGUGGAAAACUGGAUUUCAACAUUCACAUCUGUGUCGGCUGCAGACGCUACAUUCAACAUUUUUUUUGAGUGGGAUGAAUCCAUGAGCGUUCCUGGUGCCUUCAUUAUAAAAAAUUACCAUCACAAUCAGUUCUACCUUAAGACAGUAACUCUAGAAGACGUUCCUGGACAUGGUCAAAUCCAUUUCAUUUGCAAUUCUUGGGUUUACCCAGCACAUCGUUACAAAUACAAUCGUGUCUUCUUUGCAAACAAGGCCUACCUACCAUGUAACACUCCAGAACCACUACGCCAGUAUAGAGAAGAAGAACUCAUUAAUCUUCGUGGAAACGGAACGGGCAAGCUCAAGGAGUGGGACAGAGUCUAUGACUAUGCACUCUACAAUGAUUUGGGAAGUCCGGACAAUGGCAAAAAAUAUGAACGGCCUGUGCUUGGUGGAUCGGAAGAGUUCCCAUACCCCCGAAGAGGAAGAACUGGUCGUGCACCGACAAAAAAAGAUCCUCACACUGAAAGCAGAUUGCCACUUCCUAAUCUAGGCAUAUAUGUUCCACGGGAUGAACGGUUCAAUCACGUGAAGUUUUCAGAUUUGUUUGCCUGUGUUCUCAAAGCUAUAGGCCAGUUAUUGGCUUCAGAGAUCAGUUUAUUUGACACAACUCCUACCGAGUUUAACAAUUUCAAAGCGGUACUAAAGCUCUAUGAAGGUGGGAUUAGGUUACCAAAUUGGCAGACACUAACCAAACUCAGGGAACGCAUCCCAUGGGAGAUGCUCAAGGAACUCCUUCGUAAUGACGGUGAGGCACUAUUCAAAUUCCCCAUGCCUGAUGUAAUCAAAGAGGUUAGGUCUGCCUGGAGGACGGAUGAAGAAUUUGGACGGGAAAUGCUCGCUGGAGUAAACCCUGUCGUCAUCUGUGGGCUCAAGGAGUUUCCACCUGCUAGCAAGCUAAACCCUGAAGAAUAUGGCAAUCAAACCAGUACAAUCAAAAGGGAGCAUAUUGAGAAGAACAUGAAUGGACUAACUGUAGAUGAAGCACUUGAGAAUAAGAAGCUCUUCAUAUUAGAUUAUCAUGAUGCACUGAUGCCUUACCUGACAAAUAUUAACUCGACUACCACGAGGACCUAUGCCAGCCGAACGCUCCUGUUACUCCAAAACAAUGGGACAUUGAAGCCACUGGCAAUUGAGUUGAGCUUACCACAUCCACAAGGAGUCAAAUAUGGAGUCACCAGCCAAGUCUUCACUCCAGCAGAGCAUGGAGUAGAAGGUUCAGUAUGGCAGCUGGCCAAAGCUUAUGCUGCUGUCAACGAUUCUGGCUAUCAUCAGCUCAUUAGCCACUGGUUGAACACCCAUGCAGUAAUAGAGCCGUUUGUGAUUGCAACAAACAGACAAUUAAGCGUGCUUCACCCAAUAUAUAAACUUCUUCAUCCCCAUUUCCGUGAUACAAUGAAUAAUAAUGCGCUGGCUCGGCAUGCCCUCAUCAAUGCAGGUGGGCUGCUCGAGAAGACAAACUUUCCAGCUAAAUAUUCCAUGGAAAUGUCUGCUGCUAUUUAUAAGAACUGGGUUUUCACAGACCAAGCCCUUCCUACUGAUCUGCUCAAAAGAGGAAUCGCAGUUCCAGACUCAAGCCAGCCGCAUGGGCUCAGACUUCUAAUCGAGGAUUAUCCCUAUGCAGUUGAUGGGCUUGAAAUAUGGUCUGCAAUCGAAACCUGGGUCACAGAGUACUGCUCUUUCUAUUACCCUACAGAUGACAUGAUUCAAGAUGACUGUGAACUCCAAUCAUGGUGGACAGAGCUCCGCCAAGUGGGCCAUGGUGACAAGAAAAAAGAGCCAUGGUGGCCUAAGAUGCAGACAAGAGCUGAACUCAUCCUAUCCUGCAACAUUAUCAUAUGGGUGGCUUCUGCUCUACAUGCAGCUGUCAAUUUCGGGCAAUAUGCUUAUGCCGGCUACAUUCUGAACCGCCCAACCAUAAGCCGCCGUUUCAUGCCGCAGCCAGGCACUCCUGAGUAUGCUGAGCUUGAGUCAAAAGCUGAAAAGGCCUUCCUGAAAACAAUCACAAGCCAAAACCAAACACUGUUGGGUGUGUCUAUGAUGGAGAUUUUGUCCCAGCAUUCUUCAGAUGAGAUUUAUCUUGGGCAGAGAGAAACACCCGAAUGGACUUCUGAGGCUCAACCACGAGAGGCAUUUGAGCGAUUUGGAAGAAAUCUGGUAGAAAUCGAAGGUAGAAUAAUGGAUAGGAACAUGGACAAUAAAUUGAAGAACCGAGUUGGGCCUGUCAAAGUGCCUUACACCUUGCUCUAUCCUAACACAUCCGAUACCAGUAAAGUUGGCGGACUUACUAGCAAGGGAAUUCCCAACAGUGUGUCGGCAUGA